AUGGCUUCCGGUAGGAGACCCGAGCACCUUGCACCACCAGAAAUAUUCUACAAUGACGACGAAGCAAGAAAAUAUACAUCCAACUCCCGGAUGAUGGAGAUACAGCAGCAGCUUUCAGAACGUGCCAUAGAAUUACUUGAUCUUCCAGAUCACCCCUGUUUCAUACUAGAUAUAGGUUGUGGAUCGGGACUGAGUGGAGAAUGUUUAACAGAACAGAGUCACGUAUGGGUAGGAUGUGAUAUUAGUCCAAGUAUGUUAGAUGUUGCUGUUGAAAGGGAAUGUGAGGGGACAUUACUACAGAGUGAUAUGGGCCAAGGCAUGCCAUUUAGACCUGGUACAUUUGAUGGAGCAAUAAGUAUAUCGGCACUUCAAUGGUUAUGUAAUGCAGAUAAGAAGUCACACCACCCUCCUAAGCGACUACACAAAUUCUUCAGUACUUUAUAUGCAGCAAUGAGCAGGGGUAGUAGAGCAGUAUUCCAAUUAUAUCCUGAAAAUAGUCUCCAACUUGAAAUGAUUACACAGCAAGCAAUGAAGGCAGGUUUCACAGGGGGCCUUGUAGUAGACUAUCCCAACAGUUCAAAAGCUAAAAAAAUAUUCCUUUGUCUAAUGACAGGUGGUACUUCACAAGAGUUGCCCAAGGGUCUAGGUACAGACGAUGCACAGAUAAAUAGAAAUGAAAUUCAAUUUGGUGAUAAAAGGGAAAGAAUAAAGAAUGCUCGUGGUAAAAGUUUAAAAAAGAGUCGAGACUGGAUACAAGAGAAAAAAGAACGAAGACGCAGACAAGGAAGGGAAACAAGACCAGAUUCAAAGUUUACAGGAAGGAAACGGAAACCAAAAUUCUAGAGACACUCGGGAGUUAGAGGAUAUUUUAGUCGCUCGACAUAAGAAAAGACAUUGCAGUAUUAGAUCUGAAGGUUUAUGGACUACAACUGUGGAAGUUGUUUCGUGUCAACUUAUUCAAAAAUUUCAUGGUGGUCAUGUAUUCAAAUGUGAAAUAGAGUGGAAAAGAGUGGAAUCAGCAAGGA